AUGCCGUUGUUCUACUUGAAGUUGGUGCUUCAUUACCUGACUGACACAAACAAUGCAGACCGAGGGGAUAGCACAUUGGGGUGCUGCACCCCCUACUCCGCCCCUCCAACGGUCGCAACACCUGUUUAUUUCCUAAUCGUGUGCACAGUUGGGCCAGCCAAUGCUCGGCUUUCGGAUGCCGAACACACAGGCAAACUUAAACAUCAUGGAGCAGCGAUCAACAGUACUCGCUCCAGCUUGAAUCUACGGAGUCUCCGAGAGGACUUGGUGGAGAGAUACGAGAACAGAGUCCACCGUGUCCGGAGAGAUUCCUCGGAGGAGGUCGAGGAAGCCGAAGGGGAGAGCGUCGCCGAGAGUGAGAGCGAGGCUGGUACCGGAGGGGGCGGAGGAGGGGGGAGCCAGGGUGGUGGAGGCCUGGGUGGAGGAGGAGGCCAGGCUGGCGGACUUGGUGGAAGUCAGGGUGGAGGUCAGGGCUGGAGUCAAGGCGGAAGCCAGGGCGCGAGCCAGGGUGGAAGCCAGGGCGGGAGCCAGGGUGGAAGCCAGGGCGGGGGCCAGGGUGGAAGCCAGGGCGGGAGCCAGGGUGGAAGCCAGGGCGGGAGCCAGGGUGGAAGCCAGGGCGGGAGCCAGGGUGGAAGCCAGGGCGGGAGCCAGGGUGGAAGCCAGGGCGGGGGCCAGGGUGGAAGCCAGGGCGGGAGCCAGGGUGGAAGCCAGGGCGGGAGCCAGGGUGGAAGCCAGGGCGGGAGCCAGGGUGGAAGCCAGGGCGGGGGCCAGGGUGGAAGCCAGGGCGGGAGCCAGGGUGGAAGCCAGGGCGGGAGCCAGGGCGGGAGCCAGGGCGGGAGCCAGGGUGGAAGCCAGGGCGGGAGCCAGGGUGGAAGCCAGGGCGGGGGCCAGGGUGGAAGCCAGGGCACUGGAUCGCGAAGCUACAUACCUCUAAAUCCUUACUUUAAAGUGCCACCAAGGAACAGGAGGAAGAACAACGCUUUAAACUCUGCUGCGUCUUCCAUCAGGCUUGGUUGGGUCUGGAAAAUGCUCCUAGUGCAAAUGUUCGCUGUCAUUACUUGCUAUACCUUGAUAUGA